AUGCCAAAAAGCAUCGUGUUGAAGAUGCGAAAUCAUUUGCAGAGGGCAUUCGCUUGGUUGGUUGGUAGGAGCCAAUCAGGCCCCGUUAGUGCGGAGGCAUUGCACAGAGCGGUUCAAAUUCAUUUCUGUGCAGAGCUAUUCAACAGCCAAAUGCCUUCUGUUCACAAAGAAAAGAAAAAGAAGGAUAAUAAAAAGGGAAAGUCGGCAGAAGAGCCAGAAAUCUGUCUAUUCCAAAUCCCUACCUUCAAACCCAAGGCAUUUAAAUCAAAGGAUGAACUUGAUGACUUGAAGAAUGGCAAACCUAUGGAUAUAAAACUAUUCAAAGAUGGCGUUCACUUUUAUGCACAGGGCAAAAAGAAAGUGAAGCAUGAAAUUCCAUACAAUGAGUUGCAAGACAUCGAAUUUGUUGACGGGUCUCCAGAACUAGUGCGCUUAAUAGUGAAUUCCAAAGGCAAAACUACCUGCUACCAAGUAAUUGUUGCUGAUGAUGUGAAUCGGGAGAAGAUGUGUGAAUUUUUACGAGAAAAAAAAGGGAAGGAGCACCACGUAUCCUCGAUGGGUAAAACGGAGCAAACCGUAGAGGAACCAAGCCAGUCUGAGCAUAAGCCCCCACCUCCUAAGAACAUGGGCUUUGCGGCCUCUGACUUUUCCAAAAACAUGUCUUCUGAAAUGAGUUACAACGAUAACACCAACGUGCAUUAUGAUCCCCCCAACAAGUACAAAUCUAUGGGGUUAAAGUCAGGCUUCAAAAGCAGUAACAUGAGCAGAAACUCCGAAGCUGCAUUUGACAGAAGGAGUCGAUCGACAGCUUUUAACGUAGAUUAUCGUCAGGAAGAAGACGAUUUUAACAGCAUUGCUGACCAAUUCGCACAAAGCGUUCAUCAAGGUUACGCUCCAAGCAGGCGCUACGAGACGUCCAGCUACGCAAGAAGUCGGAUUUCUUAUGAACCCGACUAUGUGGAUGAUGACUAUGAUGAACAGACUUCUGGGUACGUCUAUGACGAUUCGGAGGACUCGGACGAAACAAUUGUUGUUCGACCGGUCAAGCCACGCUCCCUUACCUUUUACACACCAUUUCUGAAAGUACCCCGAAAUAGAGGACCAUACAACUAA